AUGCCCGUCUGGUCGGGCAACAAAUUCAACCAAGUGCGAGAAAUCGAAAAUGGGUACAUCAAAAUGAAGGCUAGAGGCAUCUCUUUGCUCGCUUCAAAGAACUGGACGGAUAAUGGAAAUAUUGAUUACGAUGCCCAUCCAGAAUAUGAAAGCAGGGAAUAUUGGGAAAACGCUAACUUUACGCUGUUUGUUUACUGCCCAUUUAAUGUUAAGCUUGGUGGCGCCAGUAAAGGGCUUGGAGCAAUGACCUUCCCCGAUUUCUAUCCCGCCGAGAAUUCCGAAGACGGCCGUCUUUGGUCUUUUCUCUCUCGCCCCGGAGUUCACUUGAUCAAGAAGAGCCAUCCAAAUCCGAAAAAAUCUGUCUAUUUUAAGGGAUUCAUCGACCGGUCGAACAAGAUCGAUGAGCAAGGAGAAUCGUCCACUUUUACAAUCGGAAGAGACCAGGCAACUUGCGAGACGGUACUGCCAUUUAAUUGGGCGGUUGAACUGUCCAAAAACAACGUUGACUGUAUUGAGGUUGUCAUUGGAGAUGUUGCCGCCGAAGUUGUUGACUGCGUUGAGGACGACAUUGUUGACCCCGUCGUCGAAGUGGACUCAGUUGAAGACGACUGA